CCGACGGGGAAAAGGUGAAAAAGGACAGAGCCAUGUCAGAUGGCGGUUAUCGAGAUUACGCUGCGUUCUGGGAUAACUCUCUCAAAUUCAUACGAGUUCUUAGUGUAGAAAUAAUAGCGAAGAGCUUUAAAUUCGUUAGCCUGUGAUCAUAUCAUGGUCCCGCUCGUCAUUGCUUUUGCAAAAGAAAGACUUUGUGCAACCUGGGGCAGAAUGCUGCGCAGCAGUUUCAUUAUCUUCGUCGCUGUUAUACCAUCCGUGACCAGCGUGUCAGACGUGGUAGUCUUUUAUGAACCUUUAUGCCCAGCGAGCUACAGACAACUCAUUCAGAUCCGUGAAAUUAUGAGAGAAUUCGGUAAUAAUAUUUUCGUCAGUCUGGUACCGUUUGGGCAUGCUCAGAUCUUUAUGGCUCGAAAUAAUACAGUGAUGUACAUGAGGUGUCAUCACGGGCCGGACGAAUGCAUGGGUCACGCUUGGCACGCUUGCAGUCAUCUCUUUAUGCGACCUCAGGAGCAGCUCAGAUACGCCGUAUGCACUAUGUCCAAGCCUCAAAAAUUCGUCAGCAAUCUGAAAAAGUGCACAACACCCGAGAAGUCAAAUUUACUGGAAAAGUGCGCCACCGGAACGCAAGGAACAGCAGCUGUGAAAUUCAUGGCUGGCCUUACUUUCGAGGCAGGAGCGGUAGUAGAUCCUCUGGGAACAAGACGUCUUACUGGAGUACCAACCCUAUUCGUCGACGGAUAUUAUUUAAAUAGGUCUGAUCGAAUGCACUACCCGCUUUUGGAACUGAUCUGCCAAAAGGCUCGUCACAAGCCACCUCAGUGCGCCGGCCCUCGUCAAACUAAAACGACCGAACGGAAGCAAACGCGAAAACCUGCAAAGUUGGGCCCCGAACUUGUUUCUAAAUAAUCUGCCGUAGGCAGUACUGGCCACCUCGUGCGCAUCCCACUAGCAAGUCAGAUCUGAUUUAGUUUCACUAGAUACUCAUUGGUGCCCAAAUACUGGAAUCCUACGCUUGAUUUUGUCACCGUUUGCCAUUCGUAGAUAGAAUAGAAUUUUGUGCCGUAAGAAAUAAAAUUUUUUUUUUUAAUUUACCUUUAAUGCUUGAAUAAAAUCUAUGGGCAGAUUAGUUUUUAGCACUGGUCACAAAGUCCAAGUUUCUAAUCGAGUAUUCCGGUUGCAGUUCAUUGUAAAUUGGGUCCAGUGUCUCGUUUGUAAUGGUUGUGAAGAUAUUUUCUUAGUGUUACGCAAUUGUUGCUGUCAGUCUUUCUUAAGCUAAUAGCAAUAGUCACGUCGCCAC